AACCGGCCCGACUCGGACCCUCAGUAUUAUUUCACCUUUCGUGCGAUAAGCAUUACCUAACCAGAGGGGUCAGUUCUUCCUUUGGUUCACAUUGCUUGCACCGGAACCGGUAUCAUCAUGUCGCAAGAGUUCGGGCUGGUCGAACCGGCCGUUUUCCAGGCCUAUGCCUUUUGGGCUGCCGUACUCGGGCUUAAGAUGCUGCUCAUGUCGGUGCUGACCGGGCUACUGCGUGGUUCCAAAAAGGUCUUUUCAAAUCCGGAAGAUGUUAAGCCGGGGGGCAAGCUUGCGUACGACGAUCCGGAUGUGGAACGUGUCCGACGUGCCCACCGGAAUGAUAUGGAAAAUAUUUUGCCGUACUUCAUCAUCAGCUUCCUGUACAUGUUCACCAACCCGAGCAUAACCGUCGCCGUCAACCUGUUCCGUCUCGUAGCGCUUGUUCGCAUCGGUCACACCGUAUUCCAUGUGCUCGUUCCGGUGCAUAAGUUCCGGGGCAUGGCCUGGGCAACCGGUUUCUUCACGACCGUCUUCAUGGGCGUCCAGAUAGUGCUGCACUUUCUGUAGAAUUCCUAAAACACACCGCCAGAGCUCGCACUGAACGCAGGGGAAUAAAACUUGCCCUUGUGCAUCCGGACGACGAACGGGUUCUUCGGGUGUCAAAAAGCUCUUCAGCAUUAA